AUGGCAGAGGGCAAGAGCGGGGGAGCCGGGCUCUUCGCCAAGCAGGUCCAGAAGCGGUUCAGCCGGGCACAGGAGAAGGUUUUGCAGAAACUGGGCAAAACCGUCGAGACCAAGGACGAGCAGUUCGAGCAAAGCGCCUACAAUUUCCAGCUGCAGCAGAAUGAAGGCAACAAACUCUACAAAGACCUCAAGGCUUUUGUCAGCGCAGUGAAAGUGAUGCACGAAAGCUCCCGGAAAGUGGCCGAAACUCUGCAGGAGAUUUACAGCCCCGACUGGGACGGCCACGCGGAGCUGAAAGCCAUAGCAGAUAGCAACAACCUCCUGUGGGAAGACUACGAGGCGAAGCUGGCCGAUCAGGCGCUGCGGCUGAUGGAGAACUACCUGGCGCAGUUCGGUGACAUUAAGGAGCGCAUUGCCAAGCGGGGCCGCAAGCUGGUGGACUACGACAGCGCCCGGCACCACCUCGAAGCCCUGCAGAACGCCAAAAAGAAGGACGAGGCCAAAAUCGCCAAGGCUGAGGAGGAGUUCAACAAAGCCCAGGCGGUGUUUGAAGACCUGAACAGGGAGCUUCGGGAGGAGCUGCCCGUCCUCUACAGCAGCCGCAUCGCCUGCUACGUGACCAUCUUCCAGAACAUCUCCAACCUCCGGGACAUCUUCUACAAGGAGAUGAGCAAGCUCAACCGCGACCUCUACGAGGUGAUGGGCAAACUGGACAAGCAGCACUCCAGCAAAGUCUUCAUCAUCAAAGGCGUCUCCAGCAACCGGCGCUCUCUGGUCAUCUCCUCACCCGUGAGCCCCCCAGCCAUGUACCCAUGCCCAGGGAAGGCACCGGGCGAGCCACCCACCUCGCCGGCCCCACGCCCGGACUGGGAGCCUGUGCUGGAAGCGGAGAUGGCAUCAGCAUCCCCCGAGGAGGGCAGCGACGCUGCUGAAAGCAUCUCCAAUGGCCCCGCGGUGAUGGGUGCUGGCGAGCUGGGUGCUCCCGUCCCUGGUCCUCCUCCAGCCUCACCAGCGAGCAUGGGGUCUGCGUCAGAAACCGCAUCGGUCUCCAGCGAGGAGUCCCAGGAGCCUGUCCUCACCCCUGAAGCUCCGUCCCCUGAAACGGGGGUGUCCAAGGGCACUGGGUCCCCUGGGCUCCCCAAAAGCCGGGCUGGGAGCCCCGCGGGAGCCGAGGGCAUCGCCGCCUCCCUGGCCUCACUGAUUUUAUCUGAGGCUAUUGCCACGGCCACCAGCACCGUGCCAGAGGAGCCAAAAAGUGCCACAGAGGAUCCGGACGGCGCCGACAGCGAGGGUCUCGCACGUUCUGAGAGCACUGGAGGCAGCUCGGGGGGGGACCCACCAUCCCCAGCCAGCACCCACGGUGCCACCGGGCCCACGGCAGAGGCACGAGGGUGCCCGUCCCUGGGCGGUGGGCAGGAUGCGUGCCAGCUCGCUGGGGCUGUGGGAGAGCACAGCGACUCCGAGGAGAGCGUGGAGGUGGUGGAUGUGUCGCCGAAGGCGGCCAAAAUGCAGAUGGGGCUGGAGCUGGCCCUCGAGGAGGGAUCAAGUGGCUGCAUCCAGGACAGCGCCGCCCCCCCCGGCUCCCAAACUGAGGAGCAAGGGACACCCGGGGAACUGGAGCAGGACGCGAGCCAGGACCCCCCCCAGGAUCCCAGCGAAACCCUCACGUCCCUGUGA